AUGCUGGUUGACAGACCAAGCAACAAAAACAUCAUUGGUGUUCGAUGGAUUUUCAAAACAAAGUUGAAUGCUGAUGGUUCCAUCAAUAAACUUAAAGCUAGAUUGGUAGCUAAAGGUUAUUCCCAGCAGCUUGGUGUUGAUUUUUCAGAGAGAUUUGCUCCAGUUGCAAGGUUGGACACCAUAAGGCUACUAUUAGCCUUAGUAACUCAGCAAAGUUGGAAAAUAUACCAACUUGAUGUCAAAUCUGCCUUCUUGAAUGGUUAUCUUGAGGAGGAGAUUUACAUUGAACAACUUGAUGGUUUUGUUGCCAAGGGACAUGAAGGCAAAGUCUAUCUACUCAAAAAGGCUUUGUAUGGAUUAAAACAAGCUCCAAGAGUGUGGAAUUCCAGAAUUGAUGAUAAUUUACUGAAGUUAGGAUUCAAAAAAAGCUUCAGUGAAGCAACAUUGUACAUUAAAGUUUUUAACAGUAAUGAUCUGUUGAUUGUUUCUUUGUAUGUUGAUGAUCUUUUGGUGACAGGUAGCAAAUCUGCUCUUAUGAAAGAUUUUAAGCUCCAAAUGCAAGAAAUUUUUGAGAUGACAGAUAUGAGAGAAAUGUCUUACUUUCUUGGAAUGGAGAUUCAUCAAGACCAGCAAGGAAUCUUCAUUUGUCAAAGAAAAUAUGCAAAUGAAAUCUUGAAUAAGUUUGGGAUGGAAAAUUGCAAACCAGUCAACACUCCUUUGGCUCAAAAUGAGAAACUUAUUAAGGAAGAUGGAGCUAACAAAGUUGAUGGUUCUAUUUAUAGAAACUUGGUUGGUUGCUUAUUGUAUUUGACAGCAACAAGUCCAGACAUCAUGUAUGCUGUAAAUUUACUCUCUAGGUUCAUUCAAAAUCCUAGUGAGUUACAUUUUAAGGCUGCAAAAAGAGUGUUGAGAUAUGUUAAAGGAACUAGUGAACUUGGAAUUUGGUUUAAGAAGAAUGAAAGUUCAAGAUUGGUUGGAUUCACAGACAGUGACUGGGCUGGCUCUCAUAAAGACAUGAAAAGCACUUCAGGCUAUGUGUUUUUCAUUGGAUUAAAUGUGUUCAGCUGGAAUUCAAAGAAACAAGGAACUGUGGCUCAAUCAACAGCAGAAGCAGAGUAUAUAGCUGCUGCAGCUGCUGUUAAUCAAGCAAUUUGGCUAAGGAAAAUUUUGAUGGAUUUGAGUCAAAAGUAA